UGGACAGUGCGUGGAACAAGCGCUCCCCUUGAUAUUCGGGUUUUGUCAUUUAAGCAGUGAGCAGGUUGCUGGCGCAUCUAACAAUUGGGGCUUCAAAUAAAAUAAAUAAAUAAAUUGAAAGACAAACUAAAAGGAAAUAUUCUAUAAUUCGAACUGGAAGCCCCGAGUCGAGUGGCUAACAUACGACAGGCUAAUUGGAAGGCGCAUAACUAAAUGCGCAGUUUGAAGCAGAUAAUAAUUACUUCUCGAUUGCCCAAUACGAAAAGUUAAAUUGCCUGGAUGGGUAACAACCUGACUACAAGUGGAUUGCUGAGGAUUAACCGGGGCAGAAUUGUGUUCUUCGAAAGGCCCGCCGAGUGCCAGGAGAACAAAGCGGAGCCAGAUAUGGAGUCGGCUGCUGGGACCAGCAGCUCGGUAACGUUCGAAGAUGGGAGACGUCGGCCGUUGCACAUAGAGCAGCUGCCCAAUGACAUGUGGAUCGAGAUUAUGGCAUAUUUGUCAUACAAAGAUCUGCAGCAGCUGCGAUUGGUCUCUUGGCGCUGUCGCGAGUUGGUCAAUCGGCGCUAUUUUGCGUCUAAGGGCAGGGUGAUUGUUACCAAAGAGAAUCUGAAUGCAAUGAAGGCUCACGUAGAGCGUGGAGUUUCAUAUUUGAGUUUCGAGGACGUCGAGCUGCGCAAUCUGACGCAGAGUACCGAAUUGUCGCAGUUUCUGAAGAUGGUGGGACCGGAGGUGAAGCAAAUGCAGGUGCGACACGCGCCUGUCUUUCGCAACAUGGAUGGCAAGCUGCCGAAUUUGAAGAUGUUGAAAAUAGUUACGACUAGCUUCUUGGAUGACGUGAACAUGACCGUUGACGGCAUCAAUAUGAAGCAGUUCAUGCAUCUGACGGGCUUUGAGUGCGACGGCGUCAGCUUGGACUCAAGUCUGAAGCUGUUGAUGCUCUUGCAACUGCGCCGCGUUGAGAACAAGGUGCAGCUGCGUCACCUGCAGUUCGAGUAUCGUCGAAACAAUGAGACUGCAUUGCUGCAGGUGCUGUACGAUCAUGCGCCUACCUUGGAGUGCGUCGACAUCUUCUUUAGCUGCUCGCCGGGCAUCGAAACUCUUCGCUGGUGUGUGGCCUUCGAGCGGAUGAAGAAUCUGCGCACUCUUAAGCUCUCUGGCAAUUGUCAUCUUGUGCUGCUCGACGAUAUUCUGGACUCGGUUCCCGAGUCGAGCAGGCUGCAACAGCUCGAUCUAACUGGCAUGCUAUCGCUAACCAAUGAAAUGCUGAUCUGCAUAGCUGAGAAGUGGCACAAAACUCUGCGCUCUCUCGAUCUCAUGUUCUGCGUGCAGUUGGACGUGCGCUGUGUGGCGGCGCUGCGUAAGAUGAACGGUUGCCUAGAGUCGUUGACCAUGGCCUACUGCCGUGCGUUGACCGGCAGGGGGCUGGUUGAGGGUUUGACCUCGCAGAUCAACUAUACGCUGCAGGAGCUCUUCUUGGAGGAUGUGUGCUUCAUCGACGAGGCGUCCAUGUGCAUAAUGAUGGAGCGUCUGCCCAACUUGCGCAAGCUCAGUCUAGACAACUGCCGCCAGGCAACCACCGACCGGACUCUCUCCACCAUCUUCCGCCACCAGACACUGUUGCGUUUGCUGAGGAUCGACUACUGCAUUAAGGUAACGGAUAUGGGCUUCAUAGGCUUUGGCAACCAGCCUGCGUCCAUCAGUCGUUUGCGAGGCUUGCGUGAGCUGAAUGUUCGAGGCUGUCGCAACCUGACAAAUCGUAUGCUUAAGCGAGCUCUUCGUCUGCCGGAGCUGCUUGACUUGACAUUGGACUAUUGCAAUCGCUUGGAGGCCAAUGGCAUAGCGGCGCUCAGUGUCAACUGUCCGUCUUUGGAAAAGCUGUCCGUGGCCAGCUGUUCAUUGAUAAAUGACGAGGCGGUGGGCUAUGUCGUUGUCAAUUUGAAGCGUUUGCGUAGUCUCACCAUAAGCAACUGCUCGAUGCUCACACUGCAAGCUUUCAAAUAUAUUGCUAAAAAUGGUCGGAAUCUUAGGAAUUUGGUUGCUUGCAGCAUUGAUGGACUUGAUCAAGAUGCUGCACAAAAGAUUUUGUCGCGACAUCUGCCCGAGCUGAAGCACGCUAUGCUAUAGCAGGAGAGGCUCGUUCACUGACUAGACGAGAACAAUCCCCACGCUGGUUGGGGAACCGAUGACGAAGACGAACCGGAAAUAAUCGAAAUUGUUAUCUAAACUGGAUCAGUGCAAUAUGAUCGAAUCAACUCUUAUUCGUCGUCUAAUCUUACUCUAUUGAAAUACUUACUAUAUCUUAUAUAUGUUAUUCCAAUCUAAGUUAAACUGAUCGCAGAACAAAUUGUUCUUCGAACGUUGCCCUCUGUUACUCUUCUUGUGUUUUCUGUUUGAAACACAUUAAGUCCUUUAUGAAAGUUUUAAAUGUGCUUCACAAUGUCGUAAACUUUAGGUGAAAUCAAAUACGUAUAUACAAAAACAUAGAGAUGAUGUUGUAAUUCACUCAACAAGUCGUUGAGCCAGUAAUAUAUAAUAUACAAUAACAGUAACUACUAUGGUUCUCAAGUCAACAAUAGUUCAAGCCAAAAAGUCAAGCUACUAACUUACCUCUAAAUAAACGAAACCAAACAUUUCAUAGAGUCGAAAUUGAAAUUCUUUGCGGAAUACCAUAUUUAGUGAAAAUAUCUAAAAUUUCUGUUAUGUGAUACAAUCACAACAAAAAAAUAAUAAUAAUCCCAAGCGAAAUCGGGGAAAACUAGCUAAAUCUAGACUUACCAACUUAUCGAGCUUGACAACAAAACACUCUUAUUGUGAGUUAUACAGUUUUAUCGGAUUUACAUAUACAUGUCUAAUAUAUACUAUAAGUGUCAUAAGUAUUCAAGUAACGAUCAUAACGAUAUAUCGAUGUAUUUAUUCUGUAUUUACAAUAAUGCCGCCCAUUGCGAAC